AUGGUCCAGGAUCUAGGGUCAUCAUCUAGUACUGCUUAAAUAGUCCUAACCACUGAUUACGAUUCAAUAAAGCAAUUGCUAGAUGGAAGUGGACUAAUUUAAAAAAGUGAAGAAUUUGAUGUCGAAAGUUUAUUGACUUCAGUAGUGGAUAAUUAUGAUAGAAUUAAAAUGAAUGAUUUGUAGAAGGUGAAGUUGCUAUCUGAUAUAGGUUAGACAUUGUUACUAACCAGCCCAAAGUAGCUAGUAUAAUUGAAAAAACAACUCAUUGAUCAUUGUAUUAGUAUGAAAUUUAAGGGUGAUGUAGCAAUGAAUCUUAUUUUUUAGAGGUUAGAUUAUCUGAAGAGUUUGUAAGUUAUUGCAUAAGAACAGGGAAAUUAAGACAAAUUUAAAAUCAAUUAUCACGAAAUGAUAGAAUUGAUCUCUAAACUGGUAAAGGUCACUCCAGUGAACUAUUUAUGCGAGUUUGGCAUACAGAAGUACAUUUAGAUAGCCCUAUAAAACAAUAUAGAAGAGGAUUAGGAAUAAUUGCUUGAUACAGUCUUAGAAUAUCUUUCAGUAGUGGAUGAAAAUGAUGAGCUAUAAAGAUUAUUUUCAGAUUUAAUGAUAGAUUUAUCCUUGUACUUUCGAAGAAAAUUUGAAAAGUAAAAUAUGAUAGCUGUAAAAAAUUCAGAUCCAAAAAUAGAUAAAUUAGUCUAUUAUCUCACGCAGAUUAAAACGGUUUACCCAUAAAAAUUAAUAUUUCUCGAAAGUACACUAAGAAAGUACAGAAGUCUUAAUAAAGAGAAUAAUUAGCCUAGUGAAAAAUCACGAUCCAAGGUGAAAAAAUCUAAACGUAUUUAGGACGUUAUCACUACAUUCACUCAGACGAGACAAUUAAACAUGGAUGAAUUAUAUGAUUUGAUGGAAAAUUAAUAAGUUAAUCGAUAAGAUUUAGAAUCAUUAAUAGACUUUAGUUCCUCUAUAUAUCCUUUAGAUCAAUAGAUAUUGGAAAAUGCUCUUGAAAACGCUAGGAUAAAUGAUCAUUUGAAAUAGGGAAAUAGCCAUAUGAUAUUAUAAAAGCUCAUUAAUAAUGUUGAGGGGAUAACCACUAAUGAAAUAUCAGAUUUAAUCAGAAAUUUCAAGGAUGAAAAGGAGUUCACUCAGAUAUCUCUUCAUAGAGCUAAGAUGAUAGUAUUCGUUUUAGAGCUUUACUAGGAGUUAGAAUUGGCAAAUGAAUUGGAAUAAGCAUUUAUGAAAUAUGAACUUAAAAGCCAACCUAGCUACAAUCUUUAUAAUAGAGUAAGUCUAAGAGGUUAAGGAGCAAAGCUAUCGGGUAUACUAGAAAAUUCCAAAAAUAAAUUUCUUUUUCCCUUUAGUUAUGAGUCAAUGAAUGGCCUCUAGAAAUAACUAGAAAUGUUUAUUCCAAUUGAGAGAGUAAGCAUACAUUCAGAAGAUCCUCAAAUACAGUCAAGUAUUUACUUUUAUAUGAUGAACAACUACGAUAUAUACAGACUCCUAGGAAAACCUGGAGAAAAGCAGGAACUAAUUGUUCCUAGGGCAGUAAAUUUCACAAAGUAGAUAAUCGAGGAUCAUAUUGAAAAUGGACACCAGUUCAUAAUUGCUGAUGAAAUGAGGUCAUUCAGUGAUCAUCAGCUCAUAAUUAGACCAGACCUUUAUGAAAAUGUCUACAUAGAAUAUAAUGCUCAUUUGGAAUAAUAACCUUGA